CACUCUCUCUCUCUCUCUCUCAGUUGAAAAUGUCAUCCUCUUUGCAUUCUCCGCUAUACUCCUCUCUAUCAUCUUCCUCGGCUCUCCAGGACAGAAAGCUGAUAAAUGCAGUUAAUUUUGCGAAGCCGAAUUUGAUUUUCAAGCCUCGCCGGUCGUUUCCUCUAAUCCGAGCUUCCGCUGGCUUCUCUUCAUCUCUCGAUACAGGUUUGAGUACUGAAUUGGAUGCUGUAGCAAGUCAUAGUGAGAUCGUUCCAGAUACAGUCAUUUUCGAUGAUUUCGAGAAAUUUCCUCCAACUGCUGGUACUGUAAGCUCUUCUCUGCUCUUAGGCAUAUGCGGUCUUCCUGAUACAAAAUUUAAGAGUGCUGUAGACAGAGCUUUAUCAGAUUCUGAGUGUUAUGGAUUGGAGAGUUCUGAUCUUCAAAUGUCUUGUUUCUUCAACAAGGCUUUAGCACACGUUGGUGGUGAUCUAGCAAAGCUUGUGCCUGGUCGAGUUUCUACUGAAGUGGAUGCUCGCCUCGCAUACGACACACAUGGCAUUGUGAGAAAGGUGCAUGACCUUUUGAAAGCCUAUACCGAAAUUGAAGUGCCUCCAGAAAGAUUGCUGUUCAAAAUUCCUGCUACUUGGCAAGGAAUUGAGGCAUCAAGGGUGCUUGAAGCUGAGGGUAUACAGACACAUUUAACUUUUGUUUACAGCUUUUGUCAAGCUGCUGCUGCUGCUCAAGCUGGUGCUUCUGUCAUUCAGAUUUUUGUUGGUCGCCUGAGGGAUUGGUCUCGCAAUCACACUGGUGACUCUGAAGUUGAAAGUCCUCUUAGAAGAGGAGAAGACCCAGGGUUGGCUUUGGUAACAAAGGCUUAUAACUACAUCCACAAGUAUGGGCACAAGACAAAGUUGAUGGCUGCAGCAGUACGGAACAAGCAGGAUGUCUUCAACCUUUUGGGGGUGGAUUACAUUAUUACCCCACUGAAGGUAUUGCAAUCUCUUAAAGAAUCAGUGACCCUACCUGAUGAGAAGUACUCAUUUACAAGAAGGUUAUCCCCACAAUCCGCUGCUGCCUUCAAUUUCACUCAAGAUGAGCUUCAAAAGUGGGAUCAGUAUAGCUUUUCCUCGGCUAUGGGUCCUGCAUCGGUGGAGCUCCUCACUAUUGGAAUGGAUGGGUAUAUUAAUCAGGCUAAGCGGGUUGAAGAAUUGUUUGGCAAGAUAUGGCCACCACCAAAUGUAUGAAAAGCGCAACAUGCAACUGCAGGAUGUUUGUGUUUUCGUGAACUGAUAUAUGUUAGCUUUUCUUAGUUUUAAAUCUUGAACUCGGAGUCUUGAACCCACCUAGCAUCAAGGCUUAAGUGAGAGUUUCAUACACAAUAUGUGGGUUUACCUCUCACUGUCCUUCCGGCAUCUUCACUGAUUCCCUAAUGUAAUAAAAAUAAAUUUUUAAGAACU